AUGUAUUACCUAACCCGGCAGACCGCGUUUGAAGCAUCACAUUACAAUCGUAUCCCUGAAUUGGGCGAUGCCGAGAAUUUUGCGUUGUUCGGUGCUGCUGCAAAUCCAAAUAGCCACGGACAUAACUAUGUGCUUGAAGUGAUGGUGAAGGGCGAUGUAGAUGCGGAUGACGGCAUGGUUAUCAAUCUGGUAACGUUGGAUGCCUUGUUGAAGACGGAAGUACUUGCCAAUUACGAUCACAAGCAUCUGAACCGUCAACACCCAGUUUUCGCGAAAAAUCCGCACCUGCAACCGACGUGUGAGAACAUCACGAUGGAGAUUUGGCAACGACUCGUGCCUUCUCUGCCAGAGGAGAUGUUGCACAGAGUGCGACUCUACGAGAGCACGUCCAAUUUUGCCGAUUAUUAUGGGGACGGACCGAUGGUUUAUCUGACCAAGGCUUACGAGUUUAGCGCAGCCCACCGCUUACAUAGCCACGUGCUCAGUGACGAGGAAAAUCAAGACAUCUUCGGAAAGUGCAAUAACCCGGCUGGACAUGGGCAUAACUACGUCCUUGAAGUUACCGUAAAGGGAGACGUAGAUAAGAGAACCGGGCUGGUUGCAGGUCUGAAUUUUCUUGAUGAAAUCGUUCAAAAACAGGUCUAUGCGCGCUUUGAUUACAAGCAUCUCAAUGUUGAUACGCCUGAAUUUGAGACGCUUAACCCGACCUCGGAAAAUUUCGUCAAAGUACUUUGGGAUGUAUUAGUGCCGAAUUUACGUCCGGUAGUUUUACAUCGCCUACGCUUAAGAGAAACGCCGAAAAAUCAUUUUGAUUACUACGGCGCGUAA